AUCAAAAUAGUUAUUCACAUCUAUACAGAAUGAUAUUUUGUUACGUUGGUCUAAUAGCAGUCAUACUGACUACAUUGGCACAAGCGGUAACUGAGUCAGAUAUAAAAAGAAAAUAUCGAUAUGAUUGCGCUAUAUAUGAAGUGAAUAUGAAACAAAAUCCGGACAGAGAAUAUAGAUAUGAAUUAGAGUUAUUGGGUUCAAAGUCCCUGAAGGCAGUGGAAACUUCAAAUAAAGUGGAAUUGUGUGAUAUACCAAUGUGUAAAAAUAUAGUUCUAAAAUUUGAUAUCUAUGAGAAGAAAAAGGAUGACAACGAAUACAAAAACAUCUUCUCAAAGCAAUAUGAAAAGUCAUUAGAAGCACCUAAAAUCAGUGAGUUGAAAGCACGUUACGAAAAAACCGAAACUAUCAUUAACUGGCAACUUCAAGAUUACGAAAAUUGCAAGGACAAAGAACUGCAAUUCUUCCUAUUUGGCGAUAAAACGGUUAUGCAGAUGGCUAAAGGACAAGAAAUCAGGAUUCCAUUUUUAACAAAAGGUAAUACCUACACUGUAUACGCAUUUCCAAAACAUAUGGACACUGAGACCAUUGUAUACACAAACAUUGGAUUUGAUAUCAGAGUUCCUUAAAUAUAUGCCUCAAUAAUGGUGAUGAUGAUGAUAUGGAGCUGGUCGUUUGGACAAUCGACAGUUUAUCAUUAUCAAAACUCUCAACAUUGUUUAAUUAAUUUUUGUGUAUGUGCAAAACAUGUUGUCAUUCUCUUAUUAUUUUAAUUAUCUGCAAUAUUUGUUUGCCUUCAACCAAAUUAUAUCAAUAAAUUGCUAAUCUGACA